UGGAAAGCUGCAGGCUGGAUUCAGAGGUUUCACUCGUUUCUCCGUCUAUGAGGCUCUGGAUGGUUGGUUAACCGCUCAAAAAAACCACCCCGGUGUCCCGUUAAUUCAGGUGUGUCGCUCCUUAAUGCGAUAAAGCGGAUAUUUCUCAUUUAUACUGGAGUCACAGAGAUAGAGAGAAGAGCUGCACGAUGAAAUACAAAAACCUGAUGGCCAAAGCAUUGUACGACAACGUGCCAGAGUCCCCUGAAGAGCUGGCCUUCCGUAAAGGGGACAUCCUGACCGUCAUUGAGCAGAACACUGGCGGUCUGGAGGGCUGGUGGCUCUGCUCCUUGCAUGGUCGCCAAGGCAUUGCACCUGGCAACCGCCUGAAGCUGCUGAUUGGACCCAUGUUCGAGGCCCAGCAGCCGCCUGCCACCACUGCUGCUGCCCAGUCCCCUCAGAGCUAUCAGCAGAAGGCUGGCCCCGGGGCGCAGGGGCUCUACCAGGUGCCCCCUUCCCUCCAGAGUCCACAGCAGCAGAGUCAACAGAGCAUCUACCAGGUUCCUCCAGGACAGGCUGUCUACCAAGUCCCACCCAGGAGUACUCUAGCUGCUGAUACACCAAGCAAGGUGGUGACCCCGACCAGAGUGGGACAGUCCUACACCUACAGCCCAGGCCAGCACAACCAGCAAGACCUUUAUGACAUCCCACCCAGCAGAUCACAGGGGGUGUAUGAUACUCCACCUAGUCAGACGUUUCCUGGUCAGCACGGCGCUGCUAGAAACCAGGGAGUCUAUGACGUUCCCCCAUCUCAAAUGGACCUCAGGACACAAGGUGUUUAUGACAUACCUCCAUCAUUACAAGAGGUCUACUCGGUGCCUCCCUGCAGGACCAGCCCCGCCCUCCAGGAGGGAAACUACGACUUUCCGCAGCCUCUCAAACACAAGCAGGAAGGCAUCUACGACGUACCACCACCCACCCUCUCUAAGCCCGCACAGAGCCCCCAGUCACAUUAUGAUUUCCUGCCCAGUGCAGAACCUCCUGCCCAUCGACAACACCCAAAUACCAACGUCAAUGAAGGCAUUUACGAUGUGCCUCCGCCCGCCCUUCAUUCAGGGGCAGGGUCUCAGAGGGACAUAUAUGACAUCCCUCGAGGCAUGCAGCCCUCUCAGCACAGAAUCUCGCCUGCUGACAGGGACGGAAGCAAAGGCAUCUAUGACAUCCCUGCUCAGGAUGCUCGAGCAGUAGCAGAUGUGACUGACGGUGUGAACCGUUUAUCUAUCUCCAGUACCGGCAGCACACGCAGCAGUAUGUCCACCUCAUCAUCCUCCACGGGAUCCAGCUCUGAGGGUCGCCUCACUCUGGAUGUAGACACUGCUGUCCAGAGGUUGUACCGCCUGCAGCAGGCAGUGGAGGCCUCAGUUGGGGCUUUACAUUCAAUGGCAGCAUCCCCUCACUGGAGGACUUUUCCCUUCAUGGAGCACCAUGCUAAUGACGUCCGUACAGUGCUAGACAGGGUCCGAGCCACUCUGGGGGACUUCAUUGUGUUUGGUAGAGGAGCCACAGCAAACGCAACGUCUCUGUCAGACUCCAGCCUGCACAGUAAGCUAAGACGGCAGCUGGGACGACUGGAGGACGCGCAGCAGAUCCUCCUGCAGAUCUACCAAGUCCUGGAGAACUGCAGCUGGGCUUUGAAUGCCUUGGCCUCCUCUGGAAAGCAGCACAAUAAGAGCGACGACCUGGACCGCUUCAUCAUGGUCUCCAGGACUGUUCCAGAUGAUGCCAAGCAGCUGGCCUCCACGAUAGGCAGCAACGCUGAGCUGCUGUUCAGGCGGACACACAUGGAUGGGUCUUUCUCUAUGGGGAGCACACCUGAUGAGAACAUUACCCACCUGCUCACCUCCCCCUCCUCAGAUAAUGAUAACUAUGGGGGCCAGACCAAGCCCUUCCCUGUGCCAUGCAGCCAGGACAAAGACAACAUGAACAACGGUGAAAAGUGUGUGAAGAGCUGGAUGGAGGACUACGACUAUGUACAUCUGCAGGGCAAAGAGGACUUUGAACGCCAGCAGAAGGAGCUGUUGGAGAAAGAAAACAUUAUCAAGCAGAGUCAAGUCCAGCUGGGCCAAGAACAGAUCAAUCAGUUCAAGAAGCUGGAGCAGGAAGUGAUCAAACCCGUGGAGAAUGACAUCACACAGUGGAUGUCACACCAGCGCUCAGGUGUAACCUCAGCCUCCCUGCCGGACUCCGCCCUCUCCCCCUCCACCCACAUGUGUGCUCGGGACCGCCAGCUGCUUGGUUUCUACUCGGAGCAGUGUGAGCAGCACUUUGUCACGCUCCUCAGCGCCGUCGAUGCCUUCUUCGCCUGUGUCAGCACCGGACAGCCUCCCCGCAUCUUUGUGGCGCACAGCAAGUUUGUCAUCCUCAGCGCCCACAAACUGGUCUUCAUUGGAGACACUCUGUCUAGGCAGGCCUCAGCACCUGAGGUGGCCAACAGGGUGAUGAACUCCAGUAACGUGUUGUGUGACUUGUUAAAAACGGUGGUAACUGCGACUAAAACAGCCGCCCUGAACUAUCCGAACACAGCCGCCAUCCAGGAGAUGGUGGACAGAGUCACUGACCUCUCUCAUCACGCACAGCAGUUCAAAGAACAGUUACUGCAAAUGGCUCAUUUGUGAUUUUAAACCAUGUUUCUCCUGUACAUUUCACCACAGACUCCAUGAGUACAUUAAU